AAACCAAAUCUCACUACCAAUCAUUUUCUCUUCUUUCUAAGCCAAAUUUCGGUUACAAAAUCCAGCCACCACCACCACCUCAGAGGGCAGAGUCCCCCAGCCACAGCCCCCUGAUUGAUCACAUUUUUCACCCAAAAAAAAAAAAAAAAACUUGUGCCAAAAGUAUGAGUUAGUGCUUAACAGAGCAGAAAAGUACAAGGAAAUAAACCUCAACUGUAAAUUCGUCAGUGCCGUUUCUGAUCCUUCUUGCUUGUCUGCCACGAUACGCGUCAACCCUAAAACCGCUGAGAAUUCCAUUUGUUUCCCUUCCCAAUAUAGCCGUUACCACCCCACUCUUGCACUCAUAGCCCUCGCCCUCGACGAAACUUAAUUUCCCACUAAACCAGCUGACUAUUAUGCGCCAUGGAGGGCACUACACCCCUCCACCUCUCCUCUCUCCUUCUCCAUCACCCGCCCUAAACUCCACCACCACGGCCGGCAGCCACCACCCAAUGCUCGUUUCUGUUUUCUUAGCCCUUUUUCUGCCAUGCGCUGGCAUGAGCGCGGUUUUCAUUGUAUAUAUCUGUCUUUUGUGGUACGCCACGAACUAUCGGACUGGUAAUUCAGGGUCUUUGGCGAUUAAGCAGGUGGCUGAGAAAGGGUUGUCUGUUUCGGAGCUUGAAAAGCUGCCGAAGGUCACUGGGAAAGAGCUUGUCUUGGGGACUGAGUGUGCCGUCUGUCUCGAUGAGAUUGAGGCUGAGCAACCUGCUAGAGUGGUCCCUGGUUGUAAUCACGGGUUUCAUCUGCAAUGCGCUGAUACCUGGCUUUCUAAGCAUUCGGUUUGUCCUGUUUGUAGGGCCAAGCUUGAGCCUGAUCAGCUCUUCGAUGCUUCUGAUGAGAAUCCCUGCUAAGCCUUAGCCUUAACCAAAUUCAGGGUCUUUCUUUUAACAGUAUAAAGUUCAGUAUUUGGUGUUUAUAUUUAAGAAUUUUCCUAGGAAAAAGAUCGAAGAAUGAUGUUCAUCUCAGUUAUUUCACUUUCAUGCAUGUAUCGGGUUUCUUUCUUUUUCUCCUUUUUAGUAAUAUUUUGUCAGUUAAAUUUUCAUUGAUAUUGUAGACGAUGUGGGAUUUUGCUGGCUUAAAAAUCCUCCAUUCUUGAA